CAGACACCCUCUUCCUCCGAGAAACCGAAAACAAUUGCCAAGUGCCAACCAAGCUCGGUGGCUGAAUAGAAAAAUUGUGCCCGGCAGCGAGCCAGCGAUGGCCAGAUUCACGCUGUUCUGCUCCGGCAUGUCAGCAUGUGACGAGGACGCCACCAUCCUCUGCACCUCAAAAGUGAGAGCGAGAGCCCCCCCCUCAACAUCACUGACACCACCAAAGCACGGGAAAGCAGAGGAAGCGGAGCAGAGCUUUGUGGGAGCGUCAAUGGCAGGAACUUGGGUGAAGAUGGAGCAGAAGGGCGCCGGUCCGGGAGCACGGAGCUCCCACGCCAUCACGCUGCUCGGGGGCACGGCCUACUCGUUCGGCGGCGAGCUCACCCCGCGCGUCCCGGUUGACAGCACCAUGUACGCCUUCGACCUCAACACCCAGACGUGGUCGGCGCUGGACGCGACGGGCGACGUGCCGCCGCCGCGCGUGGGCGUGACCAUGGCGGCCGCGGGCGGCACGGUGUUCACGUUCGGCGGGCGCGACCUGGAGCACAAGGAGCUGAACGAGCUCUACGCCUUCGACGCGGCGACGCGGGCGUGGACGCUGCUGUCGUCCGGCGCCGACGGCCCGCCGCACCGCAGCUACCACUCCAUGGCGGCGGACGCGGGCGCGGGGCGGGUGUACGUGUUCGGCGGGUGCGGCGACGCCGGCCGCCUCAACGACCUGUGGGCGUACGACGUGGCGGCGGGGCAAUGGGAGCAGCUGCCGCCGCCGGGGGAGGCGUGCCAGCCGCGCGGCGGGCCCGGGCUGGUCGUCGCCGGCGGGAAGGUGUGGGUGGUGUACGGGUUCUCGGGCGAGGAGCUGGACGACGUGCACUGCUACGACCCGGCCACCCGGGAGUGGGCCGCGGUCCAGACCACGGGCGACAGGCCCAGCCCCCGGAGCGUGUUCUGCGCCGCCGGGUUCGGGAGGCACGUGGUGCUGUUCGGCGGCGAGGUGGACCCCAGUGACCUCGGCCACCUCGGCGCCGGCAAGUUCUCGGCCGAGGCGUUCGCGCUGGACACGGAGACCGGCGCGUGGACGCGGCUGGACGACAGGGCGGAGGCCGAGCACCACCCGGGGCCUCGCGGGUGGUGUGCGUUCACGGCGGGGGAGAAGGACGGCCAGCGAGGGCUGCUGGUGUAUGGCGGCAACUCGCCGACGAACGACCGGCUCGGCGACAUCUACUUCUUCACGCCCGUUCUUGAGGCCGCAAGCUAGCGCGUGUGACGAACUGGCUGGCAAUGUGUAGCAGUUCAAUCUGCAUGUGCAGGGCUUGUAUGUUGUGAAUUGUGAUCAUCGUCUUGUGUCGUAGUUGAGUUUCCUGGUUUGUUUUUCUUAACUUCCGUCGUUUUUUGGAUUUUUAUAUGCUGUGUGAUUUGAGAAUAAUUAUGGCAAAAAUUAAAUCCCACCCAUGUAUCUGUGUUUUUAUUUGGAGUGUAAUUGGAUUGAAUAGAUACAUCGAAUA